UCCGUUGUAUUUUUAUAAUGAUAUACAUAUAGAAACCUCUAUUAUAAAUAAAAGGUAGGGAAAGGAAGAAAAAGAACCGUCGUCAUCCCCCACCCGGACUCCCGGAGUCGUCGACUCGCACGGUCGCACCGGCAUAGCGCCACGUUCACGGAGACGGAGACGGAGACGGAGACUGCUCCCCUCUUCGUAGUCGUGCCAGCGCCGGAUGCCAUGGCCCCCCGCGCCACCGCCGCGGCGUCUUCAGUCGUGCCAGCGCCGGAUGCCAAGGACCCGCACGCCGCCGCCGCCCUCGCCGCGGCGUCCGUGAAGAUGGAGGAGUUCCGCCGCAACAUGAUCGACUACACCGAGAAGAUGACCAGCCUUGGACUGAUACCCUCGCGGCCACCACCCAAGCGGUGGUUCUCGGGCCUCGCUGGGUGUUUCUCGCGCCUCGCGCGGCUGUGGCGCCUAUUCUUGGUUCGAUUAAAUCCCAACUUCAUCCGCAUCCGCCCCAAUCAGCCGAUGGAUUUCGAAGAUAUCGACAUUCUUCAACGACAAGGAUGGCCGGGCUGCUUCGAGACAUUAGCUAUUGAUCGCCAGCUUGUCAAGGAUUGUCUGGACCUCUACAACCGUCAGCAUCCGGGCAAUGAAUAUGAGCCUGUUCUUGGUAACGCGUCCCGGAAUCCCCAUUUGCACAAUGGCAUUUGCUGGACCCAUGGGAACUUCGUGGCUCGGAAGAAGGGAUCUGGUGUCUUCUCAUUCCUUACUGCUCCACGGUCUGUCUUCUUCUACGAGCUUGCUUACAUGAAUAGUUUCCAUGGAGUUGUCACAUGCACCCCCGUAGAGGAACCAGCCUACAGUGUCUUGGGGUACCCUCUUUGGUGGGCUAGACGUACUAGUGGCAAAUUGGAUUCCUUUUGCAAGACAUGCUACUGUCGAUUUGGUAUUCCACGUCCUGGCGUACAGAAGAUAUUUGCUUGUGGACAUAACAAUAUGGCGGAAGUCUGUGAAAUGUGCUAUUGUCGCUCCGAUGCGCUGCAUCCAGACCCUGGAGAAUUUGCGUUUGGCUAUCACCAUCCUUACCGCCCCUACCCUAAUAAGCACUGAUAUUACCGACCCAAGUGGAUGGCUUCUUAGCUUGCUACUUAUUUGGUAUAAGAUGGACUUGUCGGUAUUCUCUUGUAUAUUUGGGUUGCUGGUUGGAAUGACUAUGUUUUCAAGGAACUUAUUGUGAUGGCCGCUUUCCCUAUACUGAGUUACUUCAAAGCUAUAUAAAUUUGCCAGGUUUCUAUAUAACUUGGAAAACCGUUUGUAUGCUUCUGCUGAUAAGCACUGAUAUUACCGACCCCAGUGGAUGGGGAACUGGCUUCUUAGCUUGCUACUUAUUUGGUAUAAGAUGGACUUGUCGGUAUUCUCUUGUA